UUUCGCACACUUAGUUUGGCGUCUGUUAACAUUUGCAACUGUCUCUCAAACAAACAAAACACACUCACAAACACGUCACUGUACUCUCUCAAACCCUAAUAUUUGCUUCUAUUGCCACACUCUCUCUUCCAACCAUCAAAAAGGAACCUUUUUUACGCACACCCACAUCAAAUUUUUCACUCCUCCACUUCUUGAUUCUUGUUUUCAUCAUCAUUGAUUCCCAACUACCAAAGUUUUGUAGGUUAAGGAAUUAUGGUGAUUGCUGAUAAUGAGAUUGGUGAAGAUCAGAAGGAGAUUAGUGGUCCUAAGUCUCCAUGGAAGAGACCUAGUGUUGAUGUUGAUGUUCCUGUGAUGAUGGUUGGAACUAAGUCUUGGCCAGCUCUUUCUGAUGCUCAAACUCCAAAACCUAAGAAUCAUGCUGAGAUUGUUUCUUCAAAGGUUGAGGAUUCAGUUGCUUCUGUGACAAGUGUUGGUGAGGUUGCUCCAAGAACUCCUUCUAUGCAGAAGUCAAAUGGUUCUGGAAACUUCAAUCCGGUGCAUAAGCAGCCAUUUUCGCGCCAUCAAAAGCAAGGACCUAAGCGCGCAACUGGUGCGCCUCCUUUUCCUGUGCCGAUGCCCUAUCAUCAGCCGGCUGUUCCUCCUUAUUUUCAUGCUAUGGUACCUCCACCUCACAUUGCUGUUCCUGCUGCUUAUGCUUUCCCCCCUGGUUCGGGACCUUAUCCGAGUGUUGAAAACUCUAUGACGAAGCCUGUCUCGAAGGCAGCGGGACAAGGUUUUACUCCACCUGCUCAUGCUGUUGAUGCCAAAAAUGUUCAGCCUCCGGUGCAAGGUGAUCCAAAUUCAUACGGUGUUAAUUAUUCUAAUGGAAGACCAAAUAUUCAAGAACAAGGUGACCAUGUGAAUCAUGGUUGGCAUCAUCAAAGACCUUUUCCUUCGAGAGCGAACAUUCCUAUGCAACCCGGGUUAGGACCAAGGCCCUUUAUGAGACCUCCAUUUUAUGGUCCACCUCCUGGGUAUAUGGUCGGUCCAAGCUACCCAGGACCUGCACCAAUAUGGUGUGUUUCCAUGCCACCUCCUGGUUCCAUCAGAGGCCCCCCUCCUCCGCGGCACUUUGCUCCAUAUCCUGUUAACUCAGCACCUCAAUCGCCGACUCCAGAAACUGUAUCUUUGAGGACUAGCAUUCUCAAACAGAUUGAGUAUUAUUUUAGUGAUGAAAAUCUGCAAAAUGACCGAUAUCUUAUUUCCUUGAUGGAUGACCAAGGAUGGGUUCCGAUAUCCACUGUUGCUGAUUUUAAAAGGGUCAAGAAGAUGAGCACAGACAUCCCUUUCAUCGUUGAUGUGCUUCAGAGUUCUGAUAAUGUGGAAGUGCAGGGCGACAAGAUAAGGAAACGCAACAAUUGGUCUAAAUGGAUUCAAGUUUCCUCUGGAAGUUCAGGAUCAUCAGUGGCUGAGGUUCAACAGGGACAACUUGUAGAGGGUACCAAAGAUUCAUGUCAGAAUAGUGAUGCUGUUGAAGAUAAGACAAACGAGUCUUCUGAAUCAACUCUUAAAGAUGCUGCUCAUGAUUCAAUUACGGAACAGAAUCAAGAAGAUACAUUUCAAGUUUCUUAUACGAACGAAAAACAAGAUACCAACAUUCAUCACUCCAAAGAUAUAUCACAUGCAGUAACUUGUAAAAUCGAAACAACUCAUAUCAAUUUCUACUGCCGUCCGCAAGAAACUAAGCCCAAAAUUGUUGAAGGUUACAAUGAGACUGAUAUGGAUAUGAGAGAUCAUUCCAAUGAUUUUGGCAAUACAUUUUUGCUUGAUGAAGAGAUAGAGCUUGAGCAGAAGAUGCUAAAAAAGACUGAGCUUUCUUCUACUGGAAGGAUUGAUGAUGAUGAUGAUGAUGAGAUGGCUGUCAUUGAACAGGAUGUUCAGAGACUUGUAAUUGUUACUCAGAAUGGUGAUCCUGAAAUGGUAACUGGUGGUAGUAAAGAAUCAAAAUCCAUUUCCAACGAGCUUGCUUCUGCAAUAAAUGAUGGACUUUACUUUUAUGAGCAGGAACUAAGGCACAGUAGGCGGUCUAACCGUAGAAAGAGCAACUCUGAUAACCGAGAACGAAGCUUAAAAUCUCCUAGCCAUACUUCAGGAGUGUCAAAUAUAAAGGGAGGCGAGAGUCCUGUUGGAAGCUUUGAAGAGCCCGGAAGCAUUAAUUCUCGAAGGAAACAAAAAAUCUUUCCCAAGCAACAAUCUUCCCUUAAGCAGCGGUUUUUCUCAAGCAAUUUUAGAAAUCAAGGAACCGGUCGUACCUCUCAUGGAGUCAUAUCUGAAAGCCCACCUAGUAAUUCAGUUGGUUUUUUCUUUGCCUCCACACCUCCUGAAAAUCACAGUCUCAAGCUUUCCAAAUUGAGUAGUUCACCCCAUGGUGGUCUUCCUGGAAGUAGUCCACCAGUAGGUUCAAUGCCAAAGUCUUUUCCUCCUUUUCAGCAUCCAAGUCAUCAGCUUUUAGAAGAAAAUGGUUUCAAACAACAGAAGUUCCUGAAGUAUCAUAAAAAAUGCUUGAAUGAUAGAAAGAAACUUGGAGUUGGCUGCAGUGAGGAAAUGAAUACAUUAUACAGAUUCUGGUCCUAUUUUCUUCGAGACAUGUUUGUUCCUUCUAUGUACGAAGAAUUUAAGAAAUUAGCUAAGGAAGAUGCAGCUGCUAAUUAUUAUUAUGGCAUAGAGUGCCUUUUCAGGUUCUACAGUUAUGGUUUGGAGAAGGAAUUUAGAGACAAUUUGUACGAGGAUUUUGAACAGCUUACAUUGGAUUUCUACCAUAAAGGCAAUCUGUAUGGCCUGGAAAAAUAUUGGGCGUUUCACCACUAUCGCAAGGUGCGCAACCAAAAAGAACCAUUAGACAAACAUCCUGAACUAAAUAGGCUACUCAAAGAAGAAUAUCGAAGUUUGGAGGAUUUCCGUGCAAAAGAAAAGAACGCGGCAAAAGACGACACAAAUAAGGUUGAGUGAUAUGCCUUAAAUAGUAGUAAAUACACUUGGCACAAGAGUUUUGAUGACAUCCACAAUUUUGAAAGGAAAUUCACUCUAACAGCUUUGACAAUAUGAGUUUGCGGUACCGGCAUGCUUUAUUUUAGUUUGAAAUUUCAAAUGGGGAAAAAAGGAAGAUCCUUUUGUUUGUUCUAUAUAGGUUGGUGAUUGCCAAGUCAUUUUCAAAGUUUCUUUGAUGGAUGAUUCUAUAUGGUAUACUCUUCUACAUCCUUUUGGGAGGCACAUUUUUAUGUCUUCAAAUGUUGUGUACAUAAAGAUGAUAUAGACUUAGAAGUUUUUUCAACAUAAGAUGAAGAAGGAGGAGGGUUUUUUUUUGUCUUUUAAUUUUGGUGGUGGUGAAAUUGAGGAAAAGGGUUGUGUACUUUAUUUUAUACUAUAUACAUUUGCCAAAUUUGAACAAUAAGAGUGAAUGAUCUUGUUAUUGUACCCUAAAGUGCUCAAUCAUUUCAUAUGUAA